AUGAUGCUCCAUAGUUCUUGUACAGAUGAUUCAACCUGCAGUGGGGACGGUAUAGAACAUGGAAAGGUUGAAAACAGUUACUGUGACAAAACAACGAACGCCUCAAACGGAGUAUGCAAAUGUAAAGAUGGUUUUGCUGAAAAAGAGAAUAAAUGUUACGCAGUGCUCCAAAGUCCUUGUACAAACGAUUCGACAUGCACUGCGGCUGAGAAGAAAGAAUACGGAAAGGUAGAUAAUAGUGUGUGUGCAAAUACAACAAACCCACUAAAGCGAAUCUGUAAAUGUAAAGACGGCUUUGCUGAGACAGGAAAUUUAUGCUCUCGAGUGCUCCAAAGUCCUUGUACAAACGAUUCGACAUGCACUGCGGCUGAGAAGAAAGAAUACGGAAAGGUAGAAAAUAGUGUGUGUGCAAAUACAACAAACCCACUAAAACGAAUCUGUAAAUGUAAAGACGGCUUUGCUGAGACAGGAAAUUUAUGCUCUCGAGUGCUCCAAAGUCCUUGUACAAACGAUUCGACAUGCACUGCGGCUGAGAAGAAAGAAUACGGGAAAGUAGAAAAUAGUGUGUGUGCAAAUGCAACAGACCCACAAAAACGAAAGUGUAAAUGUAAAGACGGCUUUGCUGAGACAGGAAAUUUAUGCUCUCGAGUGCUCCAAAGUCCUUGUACAAACGAUUCGACAUGCACUGCAGCUGAGAAGAAAGAAUACGGAAAGGUAGAUAAUAGUGUGUGUGCAAAUACAACAAACCCACUAAAACGAAUCUGUAAAUGUAAAGACGGCUUUGCUGAGACAGGAAAUUCAUGCUCUCGAGUGCUCCAAAGUCCUUGUACAAACGAUUCGACAUGUACUGCGGCUGAGAAGAAAGAAUACGGGAAAGUAGAAAAUAGUGUGUGUGCAAAUGCAACAGACCCACAAAAACGAAAGUGUAAAUGUAAAGACGGCUUUGCUGAGACAGGAAAUUUAUGCUCUCGAGUGCUCCAAAGUCCUUGUACAAACGACUCGACAUGCACUGCAGCUGAGAAGAAAGAAUACGGAAAGGUAGAUAAUAGUGUGUGUGCAAAUACAACAAACCCACUAAAACGAAUCUGUAAAUGUAAAGACGGCUUUGCUGAGACAGGAAAUUCAUGCUCUCGAGUGCUCCAAAGUCCUUGUACAAACGAUUCGACAUGUACUGCGGCUGAGAAGAAAGAAUACGGGAAAGUAGAAAAUAGUGUGUGUGCAAAUGCAACAGACCCACUAAAACGAAUCUGUAAAUGUAAAGACGGCUUUGCUGAGACAGGAAAUUUAUGCUCUCGAGUGCUCCAAAGUCCUUGUACAAACGAUUCGACAUGCACUGCGGCUGAGAAGAAAGAAUACGGAAAGGUAGAUAAUAGUGUGUGUGCAAAUACAACAAACCCACUAAAACGAAUCUGUAAAUGUAAAGACGGCUUUGCUGAGACAGGAAAUUUAUGCUCUCGAGUGCUCCAAAGUCCUUGUACAAACGAUUCGACAUGCACUGCGGCUGAGAAGAAAGAAUACGGAAAGGUAGAAAAUAGUGUGUGUGCAAAUACAACAAACCCACUAAAACGAAUCUGUAAAUGUAAAGACGGCUUUGCUGAGACAGGAAAUCUAUGCUCUCGAGUGCUCCAAAGUCCUUGUACAAACGAUUCGACAUGCACUGCGGCUGAGAAGAAAGAAUACGGGAAAGUAGAAAAUAGUGUGUGUGGAAAUGCAACAGACCCACUAAAACGAAAGUGUAAAUGUAAAGACGGCUUUGCUGAGACAGGAAAUUUAUGCUCUCGAUUGCUCCAAAGUCCUUGUACAAACGAUUCGACAUGCACUGCGGCUGAGAAGAAAGAAUACGGAAAGGUAGAUAAUAGUGUGUGUGCAAAUACAACAAACCCACUAAAACGAAUCUGUAAAUGUAAAGACGGCUUUGCUGAGACAGGAAAUUUAUGCUCUCGAGGUCUAUCCAGAAACGGAACUUGGUGUGUAACAACAGUAACAACAACUAAAGAUUACCAAAUGCCGCCAUCUUGA